AUGUCUAACGACUGUUUCGCCAAAUUUAAUUUUUCUCUGAGCGCCCACAUGCCAAAGUCGUUGAGCAAUUUGGGAAUGGGCGACAAAGACGACCGGGAGCUUUUCAAGGUUGAGGACAUUCCGGUAUUCGAACUAGAGCACCGUCCCCAAUUCGUAUACACUCCAAUAAAGAAGGAGUCAGCCUACUACACCUCCUCUUCCAGAUCGAAUAUAGAACCAGCGUCUGGACUAGAGACAGGGAAACCCGAGAUAAGAGUUAAAAGGGAGGUAUUAGAUGAUGACAUUAUACAUGUAUCAGACUCGGAAUCCGAAUCCGAGCUAGCCAAAGUGACUGAACACAGGAUGCAAGAGGUGGGGAAGAAUGAGGAGAAAAUCGAAGAUAAAGUGAUAGAAAUAGUACUAUCUGAUUCAGAUAGCGACGCGGCACAACCAACCUCAAGUGACUCAUCGCCAUUCAUUUUUUAUAAAAUACGAUGUGUGGCUGCACUAUCCAGUUCUCGAAGUAUAUUUGUAGAUACUCCAAUCUGCCUAAUAUUUGACACCCAAAAGCGCAAGUUCUCCUUCAGAUGGGUACAAAAUGUGGCCAAUAAUAGGGAGUUUAUAGGGAAAAGUAUUGACGAUAUAGUCGGUAAUAUGGAUCUCACAACGACGAUGUGGACAUCAAUUGACAUAGUAAAGAUAGCGAUGGAGCUUAAGCGGGAGAACAGCAGGCCAUUAUACAUCCGUUUCUCACAAAAUACGGUAUUGAAUCUAAGGAACGGGGACUACUUCAGCUCUGACGGUCUUCUGUUCCUGGCCAUACACGAUACCGACGAAAUAUUUGACCAAAUCCGCACUAUGAGUAAGAACGUGAAGCUUGUAGAUGAAUCGAUGGGGGCCGAAAUACAGGAUAGGCAGUUAAAGUGGGUUUUAAGCCUCUGCCGCGGUCGAACCUUCAAGGACUACGGAGAGAUAAAGAACAAUGUUUUACGGGCCUUUUUUCUAUUGAGCGCCAAGGAAGGUUCAUUUUACCAGUUUCGCGGCAAACCACCCGUUAUUUGCCCGUCGGUUAAGGCUGUUCCUGGCUGGAUAAUAAACAACACGUACUUGGACGAUUGCUGCCUGGCCAGAUUCGAACCCACGUCGUAUUUGGACGACUCAAUAAUUGACUUUUUCGUACAGUUUAUUUAUAAUUACGUUAUGUGCGAAAGACAGCGGCAUGAUUGGCACAUAAUGAAUUGCUUUUUCCUUAAGAAGCUUUCUCAGUACAAGUCAACUAAGGAGGCAUAUAACGAUACCCGUCGCUGGCUAAAGAACGCUAAAAGGCCUAUGCCAUACAAAAAAUACAUUUUUGUACCGGUUAAUCUACACGGCACUCACUGGUCUCUCGCCAUUGUUUGCCACCCCUACAAGGCGAUACGUCAUUUGCAACAGGCCCACGCGAUGAUAGACUCGGAUAAAGAGGCCUGCGGAGGACCGGCAGCUCCUGUGGCUUGUUUCGACUUUGAAGGGGCAGAAAUACCUUCCCCAGAUGGGCCAACGUACCUAUGUCCAGAUACAAUCUCCGACCUGACAUCAGAAUACGAUAUACAAUGCUCCAAGAGGCAUAAAAGUUGGUGCUACAACUACUUUAGGCACAAGACGUUUGAAAAUGAUUUGCCUGGGGAUUGCAUUUCGGUAAACAGUGACGACGAGCCAUACCAUGCCGUCCAUAAGCAGCACACGCACCAGCUCAAGAAAAUCGAAAAGGCGGCAAUGAUUUAUUUGGAUUCUCUAGAGGGCUCUUACCUCAAUUCGAAGACGCUGAUGCAGCUCAGGGACCACCUCUACUAUGAAUUUCAAUCGAGGAGGAAAGAAUUUGCCAUGGAUCAGUUCGACUUUUGUCGAUCCAAGCAUUUUUGGCAAUACACACACAUUGUGGACAUUCCCAAACAACAGAACGGUUAUGACUGCGGGAUCUUCCUGCUUGAGUACAUAAUUUACCUAGCCCUAAACCCACAGGUCAUUGAGCUGCAACUCCUCUCGCCGUCUCAGGACAUAUCCACUAGGCUCAAGCUCGUCCCCUGCUGCAAGGUCUGUAGGGGAUACUUUUCUUCUUUGCUCGAGAAAAAGCUACAGCCUGCCCCUGCCAUGAAGGGAUGCACCUGUAUAGACAUUGCCAAACGCACAUGGUUCACCCAGGAAUAUAUUUCCCAAAGGCGCAAUACGUUGAUAGAAAUGCUCAACUACAUGAAGAAAAACCCAAGCUGGGCUAGCGAUGACGAGUGUAUUGAAUUUCUCGUUGGCAAGCUGACCAGCAACUAUGUUUCCAGUUAA